CUCUCUUUUCCCUGACUUUUAGGGAAAAUUUGAAAUUCCGCGUUUACCCCUCUUUCUCUCUCAAAAAAUCAUUCUCUUCUCUCUGUAAGUGCGGUGACAAAAGAACUACUGGCUUCCGCAAAACCCUAACCGCCAUGCUUAUUGAAGGAUCCAGAAACAGCAACCAUACCUGUGUCCACUCGGAGGGCCCAGUAGCCUAUGGUAAUGGAGGUUAGGCCUGUUUGCCUGAAGGAAUUUGGGCCUUAGAUUAUCUAGUUGACAAAGAAUUCGUUGAAACAGUAGAAGCAUAAGCAGAAGUGGUACCUGGAAUCGGAGUAGUUUUGGCUAAUGAUUGGAAGGAGGUGAGGGAGAUAGAAGACAAUGGAAUCGAGCACCAAAGGGGAAGAUAUUGUGAAUGUGGAAGGUUACAACAGCAACAACAUAAAAAAGGCAAGGUUGCAAUCAACCCUCUCUGCCCUUCUCCAAGAUCCUCUACUUUCCGAUGUCCCCAAGAAACCAAGCUUAUUGGAAGUUGACACCCUUAUCAGCCUUGAAUUGGGUAGCGCUAUGCGCAUUUCCAUCCUCAAACUAGAUGGAACUUCAAUCGAUGUGGCAGUGAUGAAUUCUGCUACUGUCAAGGAUCUUAAGCUUGCCAUCAAAAAGAAAGUAAACGACAUGGAGCAAUCCAAUAUGGGUCACCGCCACAUAUCAUGGAAGCAUGUAUGGUUGAACUUUUGUCUAUCAUACCAUAACGAGAAGCUACUUGAUGACCAAGCUCAACUUCAGGGUUUUGGCAUACGCAACAAUUCUAAGGUUCAGUUUACCCCUUAUGUGGUGUCUAAAGGUUCUCAAAAGCAUUCAAGGAGGAAGAAACACCGCUUUUUUCAUGGCCUUAGUAAGCGCGCAUGAUUAGUAUAUCAUGCAACAAUUAGUUUGUUUGUAUCUGGAUCAGGUCUUGGUAUAUGAAGCGGUUCCACUCUGCCAUAUUUGUUAUAUGACUAUAAUUUUAUGACACAAAUUGUAUAAAGAAUAGGUGUUGCUACAUGAUAUAUUUGAAAACGUGGUUUUCCCUUCAUCAUAUCAUAGGUUCGUUCUCAUUCGUCUUAUUUAUUUCACUCAUGUCUAUGUAACCCUUGGAGUGUCAUUAUUAUUAUUUUCAUUUUUAUUGUGGAUAUGUGUUGUAUAUUAAACUUCGGUUAUUAAUCUGGCUUGUAUCAGUUUUGUA